UUACAGUCGUUUCCCGCAGGAGUCGGCCGAGACGCCCUAAGUCCCGGGCACUGGCAGCGCCCGGCGGAGCCGAGCACCUGGCGAGGGGGCGGGGGAACCGCACCUGGGGACGCCGCCGAAACUUGCGCUUGGAAUAGGAAUUACAAGGGUGACCUUUAUUCCGCUGUCUCCUUUUUGAUUCUCAUAACUUCUGGACCUAUCAAGGACUGCUUGCAUUAAAGGACUUCCUCAUCCUUUUUUCAUGAAACUGAGCUUGCUUAAUCAGAGAUGGAGCAAACUGACUGCAAACCCUACCAGCCUCUAUCAAAAGUCAAGCAUGAAAUGGAUCUAGCUUACACCAGUUCUUCUGAUGAGAGUGAAGAUGGAAGAAAACCAAGACAGUCAUACAACUCCAGGGAAACCCUGCACGAGUAUAACCAGGAGCUGAGGAUGAAUUACAAUAGCCAGAGUAGAAAGAAGAAAGAAGUAGAAAAAUCUACUCAAGAGAUGGAAUUCUGUGAAACCUCUCACACUCUGUGCUCUGGCUACCAAACAGACAUGCACAGCGUUUCUCGGCGUGAUUACCAGCUCGAGAUGGGAUCUGAUGUGGACACAGAGACAGAAGGUGCUGCCUCACCUGACCAUGCACUAAGAAUGUGGAUAAGGGGCAUGAAAUCAGAGCAUAGCUCCUGUUUGUCCAGCCGGGCCAACUCUGCAUUAUCCUUGACUGACACUGACCAUGAAAGGAAGUCUGAUGGGGAAAAUGGUUUCAAAUUCUCUCCUGUUUGUUGUGACAUGGAGGCUCAAGCUGGGUCUACUCAAGGCAAGUGUUUUCAAAUAUUUGAUCACCAAUUAUUUUUACUUCACCCCAUCUCUGGCACCCUACCUCCACAAAAUGGAACCCUGCUCCUCUGACAAACAACAUACAAGCCUGCUCAAUGAACCUGUCGGAGAAUACAGUGGCAGCUUAUUUGUUUGUUUUCUUCUUGAAAAUUUCAUUUGUAAAUGUUGGUGGUGAAGAGGAGGUCAAGGGGGAGCUAGGGAGAAGGAUAAAACAGGAUUCCAGGUAGGAUGAGAAAACAUUUCUUUAACCUGGGAGGAGAGACUGAAAUCAGGAUGGGUUGGAUUUGGCCUUAUGACUUUCUACAUAUAUACCAUGUUUGGCAUGGCUCUAAUAAUUAACUCAGUAUAGUUUAGGGAUUGUCAUAACUUUCAGAUGUUGCCUAGCAGUUGGCCUUGGUCUCUUCCUCCAGGUGUUCAUGCUUGGCUUUAGCAUCACACUUUAUCCAUGUCAUCAAUCAUAAAUAACACCUUCAAAUGAAAAAAAAAUGUUGUUCAUCCUCUUCUGUAAACCUAUAUUUACACUGUGUCAUUCCUUAGUAAGGGGGCAUUGGUGUUUUGUUCUUUUUUUUUUACUUUUGCCUUCAUUGUAUUCAUUGGGUUUUGCCCCUUUGGAGAGGGAUACUACUGAAAGUAACAUUUAUAAAUGGUUUUCACAACCCGGUCUGUGCUGGGGGCCUUUCUCUAACACCUUGUAGUAGGGUCCACACAUCCCACCACAGGGCAAUGACUCAAAAAUGAGAUGAAACUAGUAUAUAAAGAUUUAGAACAGUGUUUUUAACAUGUAGGAACAAUAUGAAUGUUCACUAUUAUUACUGGAUUAGCAUUUCAAAAUUUCCAAACACACUUUUCAUAUCUUUAUGCCAUUUCAUCUUCAUGACCAUUCUGUGAAACAAAUUCUGUUAUCUCCAUUUUAGAUAUGAGGAAGUGUUAAAACAACAAGUCAGAAACAAUCUAGCUGAAUUUCACUGGAUUAUUUCCCAAAUAUGCUUCGUUUUCUCCCUUGGAUCAUGUGUGUAUGCAAUAUGUAAACUUGAACAACUUUUCCUGCUCAGUUCUCUAUGUCUUACUUUGACUCCUACUAAUAUUUUCAAUAAGGAGUAUAUAAUUUGGGUUCUUAUUUAUCACCUAUGGUAAGAUUUUUAUCAAUGUGGAUUCCACAGAUUUUAAUUGAUGACAACCAUGCCUGGCCUGCCUUCAGCAUUUCCAUAGAUCCUUGAGGAGUUGGUUUGAGUUA